UGGUGGAGAGCAGUCGGUAAGUUAAUAAUACAACACAACACAACACAACACAACACAGCAAAAACACUUUCCUUUGUUUCUUUUUUUUCUCUCUAAUCGCCACCGUCACCGUCACAACCUCACUGGAUACACCUUUCCUUCCAUCAUCAUCACCAUCACCAUCACCAUCACACUAACUGUCUUUCUAACCAAAAUUUAUCCUAAACCAACUCUCUCUCUCUCUCUCUCUCUCACUAUUUGAGAGACUCGGUUGGCGAUCGUGGCCGAUGAACAAUCAGAAAAGGAGAAGAGUUUUCGGCUUCUGAUCCAUCGCUUUUCUCAGAAUCGUUGUAUUUCGCUUUUGUAUAAUUUUUUUUUGCUCAUCUAGGGUUAGGGUUUUGCUUUCCAAUAUUGGCGUUGUACUCUGUUCUUUAGUUUGCUUUGUUUUUAUUUUUUAUGGUUCCAAUUUGUUUGUAGCUUUGGAAAAUUUAUUUUUUCCACCCAGUACUGUAAAAUCAACGAUUAUUUCAUUGUUCUAUUUUUUUUUUCUUUUUAGAAUUUUCAUUUGUUUCUGGUUUGAAUUUUAUUGGAAAAAAAAAAAAAAAAAAAAAAAAAAAAAUUCUGUAAAAUAGUAUAAAUAAAUUGCUCAGAAUUCAGAUCAUCCCCAUAUUGUCAAAAAAAAAAAAAAAAGGAAAAAAAAAAUUAAAACAAUAAAAUUUGUGGCAGUGUAAAAUAAAAUUAUUAUAAAUGGGGAGCCCCGGAUUGAUUAAUCGGAAUAAUGGGAAGAGAUUAGGCAUUACAGAACCAAUUUCAUUGGGUGGACCUACUGAAGAUGACGUGAACAAGACCCGUGAACUUGAAAAGUAUUUGCGAGACGCCGGAUUGUAUGAGAGUCAGGAAGAGGCUGUGAGUAGGGAGGAAGUGCUUGGCAGACUUGACCAGACUGUAAAGAUUUGGGUCAAAACAAUUAGCCGUGCAAAGGGGUUGAAUGAGCAACUCGUGCAUGAAGCAAAUGCCAAGAUUUUCACAUUUGGUUCUUAUCGGCUAGGGGUGCAUGGCCCUGGUACGGAUAUAGAUACGCUUUGUGUUGGACCUAGACAUGCAACAAGAGAAGAAGAUUUCUUUGGCGAGCUACACAGAAUGCUGAUGGAGAUGCCUGAAGUAACGGAUAUGCACCCAGUUCCUGAUGCUCAUGUUCCAGUUAUGAAAUUUAAGUUCCUUGGGGUGUCCAUAGACCUUCUUUAUGCAAAACUUUCACUCUGGGUUAUUCCUGAAGACCUAGAUAUUUCACAGGACUCAAUACUACAGAAUGCAGAUGAACAGACAGUUCGUAGUCUCAAUGGCUGUAGAGUUACUGACCAAAUUUUGCGUUUGGUACCAAACAUUCAGAAUUUCCGCACAACAUUGAGGUGCAUGAGGUUUUGGGCAAAACGUCGUGGCGUUUACUCAAAUGUUUCAGGGUUUCUUGGUGGUAUAAACUGGGCAUUGCUGGUUGCUCGCAUAUGCCAGCUAUAUCCCAAUGCGCUGCCCAAUAUGUUAGUGUCUCGAUUCUUCAGGGUGUACACUCAGUGGCGUUGGCCAAAUCCAGUAAUGCUUUGCUCCAUUGAAGAAGGAUCUCUUGGACUUCAAGUAUGGGAUCCUAGGAGAAACCCGAAGGACAGAUUCCAUUUGAUGCCUAUAAUAACUCCUGCUUAUCCCUGCAUGAACUCUAGCUAUAAUGUCUCAUCAAGUACUUUGCGAAUUAUGUCAGAGGAGUUUCAGAGGGGGAGUGAGAUUUGUGAGGCUAUGGAGGCAAGCAAGGCAGAUUGGGAUACUCUUUUUGAGCCUUAUGCAUUCUUUGAAGCGUAUAAGAAUUACCUACAAAUAGAGAUUACUGCAGAAAAUGCUGAUGAUCUGAGAAAAUGGAAAGGUUGGGUUGAGUCUCGCCUCCGCCAGCUAACAUUGAAGAUUGAGAGACAUACUUAUCAGAUGCUUCAGUGCCACCCACACCCAGGGGAUUUUUCAGACAAAUCUAGGCCUUUCCAUUGCUGUUACUUCAUGGGUUUGCAGCGAAAACAAGGUGUUCCAGUGAACGAGGGUGAACAGUUUGAUAUAAGGAUAACUGUGGAGGAAUUUAAGCAUAAUGUCAACAUGUACGCAUCGUGGAAGCCUGGGAUGGAGAUCCAUGUAUGCCAUGUAAAACGCAGGAAUAUUCCAAACUUUGUAUUUCCUGGUGGUAUUCGACCUUCCCGACCAUCUAAAGUAACUUGGAAGAGUAGUAGUUCAGAACUGAAAGUUUCUGGUCAUGCCCAAGAUAAUUCUUGUGAGGGUAAAGCAGUUUCAAAUGGAGUUGAUGAGGGAAGGAAGAGAAAGCAGGUGGAUGAUAAUGUAGAUAACCUGAGAAGUGCCAAGUGCUUGCCUGUUGAACCUCCCUCUGUUGGGGGUCAUGCCCAAGAGAAUUCCUGUGAAGGUAAAGAAGUUUCAAAUGGAGUCGAUGAUGGAAGGAAUAGAAAGCAGGUGGAUGAUAAUGUAGAGUCUAACCCGAGAAGUGCCAAGCGCUUAGCCACUGAACCUCCUUCUGCUGGGGAAGUUCAUGAGGGUAGCCCUGUCAGCACUGUCAGCUCAUGUUCUAUUAAAGGCGAAAAUAUGGAUACCCACAGUCAAGCUGAUGGAUUUGCAAGAUGCAAUCCACCUAACUUAGUUCCAUCUGCUGUUGCUGAUACAAGCUCUAAAGAAGCGGAGAGUCUAGCAAUUGAGAAGAUAAUGUCAGGCCCAUAUGUUGCCCACCAAGCUUUUCCAGAAGAACUCGAUGAGCUUGAGGAUGAUUUUGAAUAUGGAAAUCAAGUAAAAGAUUCUAGGGGGAACAUGAAAGGUAGCCCUAUCGAGUCUUCAACAGCUAAUGCAGCAGAAGCAGUGCCAGUACCAUCUAGCAAUGGAGCUGGUUCUUCCGGUGGUUUAUAUUCCAACGGGAGCUUAGAGGAGCUUGAGCCUACGGAACUUGCGGCACCAUUGAUAAAUGUCACUCCUGCUCCUGUGGUACAACAGAAACCACUUAUCAGGUUCAGUUUCACUUCUCUUGCGAAAGCUACUGGGAAGAGCUAGGGAUGUUGAAUGAUGGUUGGAGCUAAAGCUGGCUUGAGAUCGUUGUUCAAACGUUUCAUGUGUAUAUUAAGAUUUUUUUUCCUCUUUUUGUAAUAUUUAUCAUAUAGGUAAAAAUCUUGAGUUAGUGAAGCGACUUUUUACAUUUAUAUAUACAUAAAAAUAUCAAUUGUUCCAGGGAGUUAACGAUUUUGUUAGCCUAUUAGGCUGAGAAGUUUAUGAUAUGCUGCCCAAUACCAUCCUGGAACGUUGGAUUUUAUUAGA